AUGAGCAUAUUAGGUAUCAUCUCAACUUUCAGCAAAAGCUAUGAAGCAUUUUUAGUUGUGAGAUUCUUUGAAGGGUUCUUCUUUACGGUAAGUUCCUACCCUACCGUAACUUACCCUAUUUUACCCUACCAUACCAUACCAUACCAUACCAUACCAUACCAUACCAUACCAUACCAUACCAUACCAUACCCUACCCUACCCUACCCUACCCUACCCUACCAUACUAUACCUUACUCUCCCUUACCACCCAAGAGUAACCUCUACCCAAGCGUUACUCUUCAUCACCUGACAAACUAUACCAAUAUACCUUCAGGCAUCAGUAGUGAUAGUUUGGGUGCUAGCUAGUGAAUGUGUAGCAGUAAAACAACACUCAAUUGCCGCCACAAUUUUUGGUUGUUUUUGGGUUUGCGGUUACUGUAGUGUCGGCAUCCUAACUCGACUAGUACCAGGAUGGAUGGUUGCUUCAUGGUGCGUAGCUGCACCAUCAGCCGUACUCUCUUUAGUACAAUGGAGAAGUGUUCCCGAGAGCUUUCAUUUUCUGGCCGAGCACGACAAAAGUGUCGACUUGAGAGCAUGGCUUCGGAAAGCCUCCCCCAACGUGUUUCAUUUGAGUUUGAUCAAUCACAUUGGCAAUGAUAAUGUGAAGAAGCGGGAUUUGCAUCAGUUUUUGAGUUUUAUCAAGGAGAAUAUGACUUAUCUUGGGUAUUUGGGGGCUUCAGCCGUUAUUUGGUAAGGUUUUAAGCCUGGAGGUUGGGAUUUUUUUAAACUUGAAACCAAUAAGCUGUUCAAAUAAUUAUGUGCCCUCUAAUAUAAAUUUUUUUAUUCAUUUUUUUUAUUCCAGGAUAAUCAGCUUCAUGAUCUACAUGGGAAUGUCAAUGUACAGUGUCUAUUUGGGUGGUGAUGUGUAUUACAAUUACAUUUUGUCUGGUUUGGUCGAGUUACCAGCUUAUUUUAUGGCACCUUUACUACUUGAUAAGUCUGUUUUUUUUUCUUAUUUCAUCUUCGUCCAUCGUAUUUUACAACACUCAAUAAUUUUAAAAAGUGUUAAAAAGUCUUGUCGCUUUUAACCACUGUUAAUUAAGUUAAAAAACGACAAGACUUUAUUGAUACCUUAAUAUUGUAGUAAAAAAGCUAACGACCAAGUGUGUAACUACCAAUAGCCUUUCGUUACAAUCCCCUUUUUCAAAUUUAGAUAACAAUCUAAUAAUUAUUUUACAGAUUAGGCAGAAGAGCAACCUUUAUAUCAGUGAAUUUGUUCAAUGGUAUAUUGUUCAUCAUUCUUGCUUUCAUCAACUAUCGUAAGACGUUAUUUUAAAAAUUGUUUAGCCUAAAAUAUUUUUCAUGCUUUUAAAAAUUUUAAAGACAUCAUUAAAAGAACAAAUUUUAAUAAUAAAGUCCAGGCGCAGCUUUGAAAAUCAAAGUCGCAGGCUGCGCUUGACUUUUUAUACGAUGAAACAUGUCCAAAACAGAGAAACAGGAAUUUCGGCCUAAUUUUGAGUUAUCAUAGCAUUUAAAAAAACAAAAAAAUAAUUUCAAAAAAAUUUUUGAAUUAAAAAAACCUUUUAGACAAUAGGAGUGUGUUCAUAACAACAUGGAUGGUGACUAAAAUGGGUGUAGCCGGUUCUUUCAUGUACUUAUUCGUUUAUGGAGGUGAAAUCUUCCCAACAGUGAUAAGGAACAGUGCUAUGGGUAUAUGUGCUGUUUGCUCCAACUUAGGCGCUACUAUUGGACCUCAUGUUAGACAUACCGUAAGAUAAUUUUGAAAUUAGCCAAACUUUUAAGUUUUCAAAAAAUCGGUAUAUUUUUAAAAGUUUUUAUCCUAUUUUUAAACCUUUCUGUCAAAUAUUUUAAAUUGAGUUUCUGACCCCACUUUUAGGAUAUUUAUCAUCCCUCAGCGCCAUGGAUAAUAUUCGGAUGUUUGUCAUUUGUUACCGUACUUUUGACGUUUUUCCUGCCAGAAACGAACCCAAAAACCAUAAAAAGAACCUCAAAUGAUAGUCUUGUUGAGUCUUUGUAAAAUUUUUUAAUUGAAAUUGAAUAAAAAAAUUAAACCAUUCCUUUUUGCCUACGUAGGCUUGGGGCAAACUAGACUGCACAACCCCGACAGCAACUAAAAAUAUUGUUACAGUAUCUCAAAACCAUAAUGGUGUAGCUUAAAAGUAGUACCCUUCCAUUAGUAAUAAUGCAUUUUUAAAAAACAGUCGUCCUACUAUUUUUGUAAACCAUUUUUGUGGAUCAGUCCUCUUAAUAUAAUAUUUUUGUAAACCAAUUCCAUAAUAUAGUGCUCGUCCCCUUUUUAUUUUUGUGAACCAGUCCUCUUACUAUUUUUGUGAACCAGUCCCUUUUCUGUUUUUGUGAACCAGCCCUUUAUUUUUUCGCUGUCAAAUUUUUAUGUUCUUGAUUUCAAACACAAUAAUAUAUUGAGAUCUCUGAAUAUUAUAUUCAGCUGACUGUCAAAGAAAUCUUGUUGAUAUGAUCGGUGAUUGAUCACCGAAAUCGCCAAAGGUCUUCGAGACAAAGAUUAUUCAAAUACGUCUUGUUUACGACCUCAAAGGAGUCGUAUAUAAGGUGAGAGCUCCUACACGUAAACAGACGACAUUUUACUUUGAUUUUAAUACAUUAUAGACGCGCACUGUUAUAUUACCUGUAGAACUGUAUAUUACUGCCCUUUUACUUUAAAAUACGACCCUUUCCUUAUAAUAGACAUUACUAAUCUUUUAAAACUUACAGUACCACCAUGUUCAAGAUCAUAUUCUUCAUCGUAUGUGCCUUCAUCAUGACUUCAGCUCAAUUCCUGGACCCACUGAUUGGAAGACCUUUGGGAUAUGUUGAUCCAUUGGUACCCGUUGCGCCAGUUCGUCCAUUUGGUGGUCUAGGAUAUGGUGGCCUUCGUGGUGCUCGGAUCGGCGAAGAGUUGGCAGUGGAGCGAGCUAUUGGUGCUGAGCGUGCCGUAGAGAACGCUGCUUUGUUGGGCGGUGGUAUCUUGUAA